CGCUCUCUCGCGUACGUCACGCCCUCAAGCUUCUCUCCCCGCAUGUUCGAUCGGCGACUGAACACCAAGUCGCGUUGCGUCUGAACUUAGAAGUCACCGCGUAGCGGUUUUUCUUACAUGUUAGUGCUCAAUUGCGAGGCGGCUCGGAACAGGACGGAGCAAUCUACGGUAGAAUAGCGCGGCACGAAUCUUGCCGCGCGAAUUUCGCUGUUUUCGUUAUCGGGCAGCUACUAGCGUCUGGCUUAAGAGUAAUUCUGUCCCAGACCAGUCUUAAAAAGCAAGAAAUUUAGGAGGGGCAAUCACCUAUCCAGAACCGAUGGACCAAUCACAGUCGCCAGUGUCCUUGCAGCAGCAUGUAAGGACAGCCUCCGCCGCCCACCAAAUGGCCGCCCAGCAGUCGCUACCUCCACAAUCCGCCGCCCAGCAGCCCCUUCCGCCUCAGUCUGCUGCCCAGCAACCACUGCCGACCCAUUCUGCCGCCCAGCCGCUCUUUGAUCCGCGAGUUUGGCCGGGUUUCGAGCGAUUCAACCAGGUGCAAGGCAUUCUGGACCAGAACCGGCUGCUGAUCCACGAGAUCAAGGCGAACCACGAGGCGAGACUACCCGAUGGGCUCAUGCGCAACGUGACCCUCAUUCGCCAGCUCAACUCCAAUGUCACCAAGGUAGUGGACCUGUAUGCGGAAAUCUCCCAAACGUUCGUUAGGUCCUUCGGCAACCCUAAUUUUCCCCGCCCCUCAGCCAGCGGUGCUGUGCCUGAAGCUGCUGCUGGGGGGGCAGAAGGUGCCGACAUCGACGGCUAGAUGUGGAAGAAGUCUGCAAGCUGUGCGUGGAGUGUGGUGUGGAGCUCCCUCCGACAUCCGUCGGGUCCUUGGGAAACCCUAACACAGCCCGCCCCUCAGCCGCCACUGCUGGGCCGGAUGCUACUGCUGGGGGGCUGCAGGCGCCGACAGUGACGUGUAGUCUGGUAAAGGAAAACAGUAAGCGGAGCUCCCUUGGGCGUUUGUCAUGUGCUUUACCAGCAGCCCCUCAGCUGCUGCUGGGGCUGAUGCUGCUGCUGGAGGGGCUGCAGGUGCUGGCAGGGACAGGUAGACUUGAAAGGGAGAUCUGAGGGGCGGGGGGGACAGUAGAGGGAGGGGAGGAGGGAGAAAGCAAAGGGCUAAUGGGGUCGGUGUCAGUGCCUGAUGCUGCCGGAGGAGCUGCAGGUGCCUGUAGUAGCAAAUGCUGGACUUCUAACGGAGAUUUGUCGCCGGGGUCUCCUCAGCCGCCCCUCGCCUGCUGCUGCCAUGCCGGAUGCUGCUAUUGGAGGGCCUACAUCAGUGAUGGGUGCGUUGGUAAGGUAGACUUCGCUGUGCCUGCUGCUGCUGGAGGAGCUGCAGGUGCAGGGUGAGGUGCCGACAGUGACGGCUGGGUUCAUGAGGGGUUCUGUGCGCCCCAAUCCCCCGGAGAUUCUUCAGAUCCUUUGCCAGGCUGGCGCUCUAUUGCUGCUGCAGCUGCUGUAGCAGGAGGGGCCGCAGGUGGGGGUGAAGGUGGCGACAGUGACGGCUAGGAGGGGCUGUAUGCGGAAUGCUGUUAGACAUGCCUCGAAUUCUUUUGAAUCCCACGAUGCAGCCGGCCCCUCUGUUGGUGCAGCUGCUGCUGUGCUGUGAGUGAUGCUGCUGCAGGAGGGAGAGGGGGGUGGAGGUGCAAGGAGUGAUGGCUAGAUUGGUAAGGGGAAUCUGUGUGCCGGUAUUUCUCCGGGAUGUUCACAUCACAUCUUUAGCCGGCCUGCCCUGCUUCUGCUGCUGCUGCUGUGCGCGCUGCUUCUGAAGGGGCUGCUGCAGGUGGGGUGGAUGGUUGUGCCGACAGUGACGGUGACAUGGCAGAUGGCACGAUUGGAUGAAAUAGCUGGGCUGGACAAGCUUGGCACUGCUGGAAAAGACACGAAUAGGGCACAGCUGCUGGACACUGAAGCAUGGGCCAGUAAGGAGACAGCCACACUUGGAAGGCAUCCUUGUUUGUGUGAGCUGGAUUCAAAAAAUUAUGGGAGGGUGGUUAAAGAUGUGUAAUCGUCGGUCAACACAAGCAUAAAGCUAAUUUUCAUGCAAUUAUGGUAGCUAGUAUAGGACACUGCUAAUUGUGCACUA